AUGUCUACCUCAUUCACGUCGAUUCCCCUGGUAAACUUCGGGCGUCUCAGAGACCCUGCGACCAAAAAAGCAGAGCUUGCAAUUCUCCAAGACGCUGUAUUUAAUGUUGGAUUCCUGUAUUUGGCGAAUACUGGUUUGGAGUCUUUGAUCGAGGAGGCACACGCGAGCCUACCAGAAGUGUUCUCGCUCUCCCCUGAACAGAAACGAUCAGUUGAGAUGCUGCAGUCUCCCCAUUUCCUGGGCUAUACUGGCCUGGGAGCUGAGACAACGGCAAACCAGCGAGAUAUACGAGAGGGGGAUCCUUUCUGGCAGAGACUGGAAGGGCCUUCGCGAUUUCCGAACGACCGCAUCAGAGACCUGGUCGAGCGAUAUACCACCGCUAUGUCGGCUUUGGGCAGAGAAUUUGUCCACUUUGUCGCAGAAUGUCUCUCUCUUCCCGCUGAUACUUUCGAUCAAUUUUUCGGUAAGAUGUCGAGGCUAAAGUUUGUGAAAUAUCCGUCGGCAACUCCAGGCUCACAAGGCGUCGGUCCCCACAAGGACUCCAUUGGUUUCUUCACGUUCCUUGCCCAAGACAGCGUCGGAGGGCUUCAAGUGUUAAACAAAUCGGGUGUGUGGAUUGAUGCGACACCCAUUCCUGGCAGUUUAGUCGUGAAUGUGGCGCAAGGCUUUGAAGCAAUCACUGGUGGCGUCUGCAGUGGAACGACCCAUCGCGUAGUGGCACCAACAGCGACAACCCGCUACAGUAUUCCCUUUUUCCAGGCUGUCAACUUAAAUCUGCGGCUCGAAGAACUCAAGAAGUCGACCCAGGAGAUUGUUGCAAAGAUACCAGUUUCAGAUGACAAGAAGAAGAGGGCAGUGGACGUCCCCAGCGAGCUGAUCUCGCCAUUGUAUGAAUGUUUUGGAGAAGCGCAACUGAGAAAUCGGAUAUUUAGCCACCCUGAUGUUGGCCAGAAGUGGUAUCCGGACUUACACCAAAAGUACUCGAAGCAAGUGCUCGUGUGA